AUGGCUCCCACGACGAAGCUCGCUCUCAACACUAUGAAACACCUGGAGGGAAUGAAAUGGAAUCAGUCUUUGCUCGAUCAAGGACUUGAUCUUAUUUCGAAGGAAUUCACUUUGCCUGCAGGAGUCCCUGGCGGAAUGGCUCGAUAUCGACAAGCACUCACGCUCAGUUUCUUCUUGAAAUUCUUCCUUGAAGUUGCUGAGGCACUCAAUAUCGAGAACAUUGGAGACAGGCAUGAGGUUACAAGUAUUGGUCAGGACAUACCUGAUGAGCUUGUUUCAACACAGUUAUACCAGGAAGUUCCAGCUGAUCAGCCUUUGCACGAUCCCGUUGGUAGAGCGAUUCCUCAUGUUUCUGGCAAAAAACACGUCACUGGAGAGGCGAUCUACUGCGAUGACGUUCCAGUGUCUAACUGCCUUCACAUGGCAUUCGUAAUGUCCCCGAUUGCCUCCGGUACGCUUGAAUCAGUGGACUACACGGAAGCGAUGGCUCUGGACGGCGUUGUGGGCUACAUCGACGCCGAUGAUGUGCAAGAGGGUGUUAGAAUCGGCCAUUCUAACGACACGCCGGUAUUCGCGCAAGACAAGAUAACCUACCACGGCCAACCCAUCGCAGCCAUAAUCGCACAAGAUCACGAAACAGCUCGACGUGCAGCCAACGCCGUCAAAAUGGAAUAUAUCAGGGAUCACGCAAUUAUUUCUAUCGAGGAUGCCAUUGAUGCUAACUCGUACCUCAUGCGACCACUUACUAUCCAUUCAUCUUUAUUGGAGAAUGAUACGGUGGUGGAGAACGACUGGAGCCGUUACGAACACGUUAUUGAGGGAGAAAUUAGGAUGGGUGGACAGAUACAAUCUGGUUAUGUGAAAGGCCUAUUGCAGGAAAUUACUAUCUGGGAAACAUCAACAAUGGCGCAAACUGGAAACAGCGAAGUGCCCUCGGAAUCCGCGCACAAGAUCAGUCCCUCUAGAAGUGACAGACGUAUCGGUGGCGGUUUCGGUGGCAAGGAGAACACCUGCGCACUAUUAACCGUUCCAGCGGCAAUUGCAGCACGAAAAUACAGAAAACCAAUUCGAAUAACCCUGGAACGAUACGAUGACAUGGCGAUCACUGGAACAAGGCAUCCAUUCAGGUUCAACUAUAAGGUAGCACUAGAUUCUUCUGGGAAAUUCCGCGACUACUCGGUGACAGCGUAUGGCAAUUGUGGUCACACACUCGACCUUUCAAUCGGUGUUACACAGCGUGCAAUGGUCCACAUAGACAACGUGUACAGGUUUCCUAAUGCCGAUAUACAUGGGCAUUUAUGCAAAACAAAUCUGGCAUCCAAUACGGCGUUCAGGUAUUUUCGCUUCUCAUAUUAUGGACCAUGGCGUUGA